UUAAAAAAACAUAAAUAGCUUGAUCCAGAAAUUUGGUAUUCUAUUAGUUUCUUUUGUGAUCUAGGCGUGUGCUUAGAGAUAAUUUCUCAAAACUUCCGCGGGAAACGGAAAUGAGCAGGAUUUUUCGAUGCACGCGUGUGCAUGGCGUCGCGUAGCUGUGUACAGUGUGAAAUUUAUAUAUUGGCAGGAAAAAAGAAGAGUUCGUCGGAUUCCAAAGAUCGCAGUUCCAGCUCUAGCUUGGAGAUGCUCAACUGGAAGAAUGAGUGGAGGGAGCAUUGGAUCCAGAAGAAAUUUGAAGCCAUCAACUCGUCCUAUUUGCCUGGGGACCAAGUGAAUAUGGUCGCGGCGAGGCCUUGGGGAGUCCCUUGCGGUGAUCCGAACCAACACGACAUGCCCUGGGGUACCUGCAUGAUGCCCAUGGAAUGCGACGCCGAGUACCGCAUCUACCGAGGGGACUACAACUGCGGUCGGACUCAGUUCGUCUGCUGCGCCUUGCAGCUCACCGCCUACGACAUGUACCAGGGAUUCGACUUAUCCUUCGAAGAUUCGGGCUUAGCAACAGAUUCCAAAGAGAAGAGAGGCAAAGCGAAAGGAUCCAAAGAAAGCUUCAAGAAACACAAAGCGCGGGAAAAGCGGAGACGGCAAGCUGCCAGAAAAAGGCGAAAGAGGCUAAUCAGAAGGCAGAUAAAGAAAAUACAGAGAGAAAUAAGGAAGAUCAUUAACAGACAGGACAGGAAUGCGUCGAAAGCGCGAAAGAGGAAGACUAAACAGCUCAAGAAGUUUAUAGAGAUGUUGAAACGCCAGUACAAAAAAGACCAGAAAGCCGUACAAGAUAUACACGAGCACGAGAUAAUAAAGAUAGAUGAUGCGUUGAUGAAGAAACUGAACGAGAUCCUCCAAAUGAAUCAGGAUUUUAUUAAGAACGAAACAUUCAGGGAUAUAAUCGUGAAUGGGACUCUGAACAGGCAAAUGGCGAGGAUGCUGAUGGAAGCAUAUCCCGAGUUGGAGUCGUACAUCAAUGUUAAUGUGAAGCGGCGGAGCGGGUCGCUUGAUUAUCUCGAUUACGAUGUGGAGUACGGUAUGUUUUAUUACUGAAAUUAUA